AUGGCGGCGUUGCAGGUGGAUGCUCUGUUUGAUGUGUGUGGGCGGGUGGCGUUGGUGACGGGCGGGAGUCGUGGGAUUGGGGCCGUGUUGGCUGAGGCUUUGGCGGUUAAUGGUGCCAAGGUGUACAUCUCGUCUCGCAAGGCGGAAGCCUGCACUCGGUGCGCUGAGGCCAUCAAUGCCGAGUGCCACCGCAUCAAGUCCCCAGGUCGUGUCAUUGCCUUGCCCGCCGAUCUUGGAACCUCAGAGGGCGUUGAGCAGCUGGCCAGUGACUUUUUAAAGCAUGAGCGCACCUGCCACAUCCUCAUCAACAACGCCGGAGCAACUUGGGGUGAGCCUCUAGAAACACACCCUCCGGCGGCCUUUGAUAAGCUCCUGGCCCUCAACGUCAGAGCAUGCUUCCAUCUGGUGCAAAAAUUGCUUGGCGCACUAGAGGCCGACGCCUCGGCGGCUCGACCCAGCACGGUCAUCAACAUUGGCUCCAUCAACGGCCUGGGCAUUAGUCUAAUGGACACGUAUGCCUAUUCGGCCAGCAAAGCUGCUAUUCACCACCUAACACGCGUACUGGCAGCACAGCUGGCUGCUCGACACAUCACCGUCAAUGCCAUUGCCCCAGGUCCCUUCCCCACGAAAAUGACGGCCGCCGUCUUGGCCUCCUUCGAGACGGAAGUAGUCGACCGGGUACCUCUCCGCCGCGUAGGCAAACCCUCCGACUUGGCUGGCCUGUGUUUGCUCUUGACCUCUCCCACAGGUGCCUACAUGACUGGCACAGUUAUCCCCGUCGACGGCGGUUCACUUGUUAGCCCCUCCCUAUGA